AUGGUCGGUUGGAGUAGUUUUGUGCGUCCAGCGGCUCAAUUCGCUAAAUAUCGCAGCGUUUUGCAAUCACCAGUGGUACAAAAUGCUGUCCAAAUGCAAUUGCGUCAAAUGAGCGGUGGUCAUCAUCAUCUGAUUGUCCAACCUUCCCGUUUCCAGUGGAACAAAUUCAAGGAUCUAUUGCACUUUUAUGUUAUGUUGGGUGUUUUGCCCAUCACGGGUAUUGUCUUGUACACCAACAUUUUCGUUGGUCCCGCUCAAUUGCAAGAAAUCCCCGAAGGCUAUGAACCAAAACAUUGGGAAUAUCACAAACAUCCAAUUUCCCGUUUCAUCUCUCGUUACUUCUUGACCAAUCCACAACAAGAAUAUGAAAAAUCCUUACAUUACCUCUAUGAGGAAGAUGAAAAGGCUAAAAUCAGAGAAUUGGAAGAGAAGAUUCGUGCUAAAAUGUCGGAACGUAACGAUUAUCAAGCAUAUUACUACAGACCAGCUAUCGCUAAGUACCACAGAAUUUCCAAGGAAUCUGCUGAUGCAUUGGCUGAAAUUCGUGGUGAAAAUUAAAGCUACCAAUGCCAUUAGAUUGAUGUU